GUGCCGGGGGGUUUCGCGCGAACCAUGGUGUCCGGGGACAACGAGAGGCUGCUGCCCGAGCCCGAGAGCUACGCCAAGUGUUUUUACGAUCUCUUCAAGAACGUCGCCGAGGCGCAGAGGAAUAAGGGAGAAUGGAGAAAGUGUAAGAAAAAUAAAGCUAUUCGCAAACGAGACAAGAAAAAGAUUGAUUUAAAUGGAGAAUUAAAUUACAAUAAUCCACCGGAGAUAGAAACAUCUUGUAAUGCCUCAGCAUUUGCUGUGUUUGCUAGCGUGAGAAGUGCUAUUUUAGAAAAACAUGCUAAAUUGUCAAGUGAGAUUUAUAGAGCGUCAAACUGUAAUUCUCCACCACCAGAUCUUAGCGAUACUAUAGACACAGAAAGUGAUGAUGAGGAUAGGAUAUCAACUAUACAAAAUUUACCAAAGAUUGUAGGUAUCGGUUUAAGAAGUGUUUUUACAUUGAUGCGGGAGAGUAGAACAAUCGAUCCAAUCUUAUGUACAAAAGCAUUAUCGGCUUUAUUGGAUGUUUUACAAGGGCAACUACCAGAAGGCCUCAAAUCCGAACCAGAUGAUGUCAUUGAUCCGCUGUUUGAUCUAUUGUUGGAUCUUGCAACUUCUCAUGGCCCCGAAUCAGCCGCUGCCAAUGACGGCAGUCACCUGACAGCUGUUGCUUGUGCGUGUUUAUUGAGUCUUGUUGUAGUCAGAGGAGAUACUGGACGGCUGUUGGCAGCAAUAGCGGCUCUGCUUAUGUCUCCUAGAGCGUUAGCGGUACAAAAUAUUCAGAUGCCAUGUGUGUUAACGUCUCUGCAGAGAAGUGUACAUGCUGUUUUGUUAGGAAAACUUGUGAGACCAGAUUGGAUUACAUAUGGCGUUCCUAAGUGUUCCAAGAUAUAUACCUCUAUGCUUAAGUUACCAAAUGAGAUGAACAAUAUGAUAUUGAAUGAACGUAGUUUUGUGAGCGAUGGAAAGUAUUUAUAUCUGCACACAUCUCGUGGUUUAUUAAAAAUUGGAAGUGGCCACAGUGGUACAAUAUGGGGACAUAUAUACAUACAUAAAGCAGAUUUUUAUCCGACGGAAAUAGGAUGGCUUGGUUAUGCUAAUAAUUCAUUAUAUUUUAAAUGUGCACCUAGAAAACAGAGUGAGUUAUUAAUUAUCGAUGCAGAAACACUUAUAGUAACAGGAAUUGCCGUGCUGGAAGGAAAAGAUUGGUCGUCCUCUGUCAUGUUUUCUGAUGGUGAAAAUUUAGGAAUGAUAACAGCUGGCAAAGAUGAAGGUUUUGUAGUACGUACAAUAAACACGUUGAGUAAUCCCGUGACAGUUGCCUCGGAGCUACCACUGAAAUUGGCAAGAAAAUGCGUAGAUAUAUUUGGAUACGCAACAUUUGAUGAGGAACAAGCUAUACAUACUUUGAAUCCAGGAUGCGACGAUGAAAUUGCGAUGGUUACAGCAGGAAAAGAAUUUGGCUUACUCAAAACAGUGUCUGGAAAAUUAUUAUAUAGCGGAAAAGGAACUUGCCUAGGCAUGAAGAGCAAUACAAGGCCUAACAGGUGGUUGGAACUUACCUUUGGUAAAGGUCCAAGGAUCACGCAUUUUGCGGCAGGUCAUGAUGGUCAACAUGUCGUUAUGGUUAUGGAGGAUGGUUCUGUAUUAUUUGCUGGCACUGCUAGACGUGGAGAAGAUGGAGACAGUAAUAAAGCUCGUAGGCAACCAAAACCAGUAAAACCAAAGAAAAUGGCAAAAGUGGAAGGUCAGUUUAUUGUAGACGCUGCUUGUAAUAAUGGAUCUACUGCUUUAGUCACGAAGGAUGGCUCUCUAUUAAUGUUCGGUAAAGAUACGUUACAUAGCGAUCCAGUGACAGGAUUAGUUACCGAUUUGAGGGACGUAUGUAUAGUUCGUGUAUCGUUAGGGAAGGCUCAUGCCGCCGCGUUAACUAAUAAAGGACAUCUAUAUACGUUCGGUAUAAAUAAUAAGGGACAGUGUGGUCGUGAUUCUACAACGGUACAUACUGUGAAUAAAGAAGUGUCGGUAGUUGCGAUGGAAAUGGGUACAGGGGAAGAUGAAUUAAUAAUAGCCGAAGAGGAGAGUGUGGAUCCUGCGGAAGAUUGGGAGGAAACGAGAGGAAUGUGUCCUCCGGGGCAACAUCAGUGGAGGCAUCGCGUUUGUAUGGUUUGUACGAUAUGCAGAGAAUGUACCGGUUAUAGCAUCUCGUGUCUGAGUAGUAUACGUCCCGAUCGGAAUCCCGGUCAAGAGUGCGGAUGUGGCGAAGGAGACAGCGGAUGCGCGGAAUGCGGAUGUUGUCGUACGUGUGCGAGGAAGAGUUGCAGCAACGGCAUAUCGGGUUCCAACUUCCGAGAGUAUCUACAGAGACGAUUGGGUGAGAUAAAGCAACGGCAAAAGAGCAAAGCAGGACCGAGUACUGUCAAGUAUGGAGUAAAAAUCAAGGGAUCGAAUAAUCAGCGCGUAGCCGGUCCUAGUAUCGUGCAAAAGGGAUUUCCGGAAAAGGUGGCAUUGGGAUUGGGAGUUAAUCUCACGGUCGAGGAAGGUGUCGGCGGUAGCGACGUGGAACGAGGGGACGCGGCGAGAAUUGCCAGUAUAUCACCGGCCAGAGUUCCUAUUCCUAGUGAAAGUCCUGUGAUUCAAGUGUCCUGUGGUUUGCAUCACACAGUAUUACUUUUGCAAAACGGAGAAGUAUAUACGUUCGGUAGUAACAUAUACGGUCAGUUAGGCGUCGGGGAUUUAGUGGCACAUGCAGGACCGAUUCAAGUUAAAUUGCCAACUAUUGCUACUCAAGUAGCUGCUGGGAGCAAUCAUUCCGUCAUACUCACAUCAAAGGGGGAAGUUUACACGUUCGGUGCAUACCAAAAGGGACAGCUCGGCAUGAAUUGGUGGAACGGUCAGAACGAGUCUACGAACACUUCUCAGGUAAAUCGUCGUGCCGACCGCUCCCAACCGUGGCAUAGCUUUCCAAAUGUAGUCCCGAAUAUAGGUCCUCGAUGGGGUAGACGAGCGACGUGGAUCGGUGCCGCUGGAGAUCAAACUUAUGUUAAGAUAGAUGAAAUAAAUUCGAUUAGUUUGACAAGGAGCACCGUUAUGGCGAAUAAAAAUUGUAUUAUCUUGAUACCACAUCAGAAUGAACACGCGAAUUCUUUCAAGAGUCUGGUGAUAAGUAAACGUGAUGGAACGUGCAACAGUUAUAGCGGUGUGGAUCAGGUUGAUUUCAGUAACUGCGCAGCAUGCUUGGAUCCUUUGUACAACGUUAUUUGGACCUUCAAUUCAGCAAAUAACGAAAUAAGCUUGUACAAUAUAAUAUCAACAGAAGCUAGAGCGAUACCCGGUUUGGAGGCAUCCAUGCUCAAUCCAGGUUUAGCGCUUCCGGUUGUUUCGACUUGUUUUGUAACGCGUUCUCAAGCCGCGAUGCAUUUAUUAGCUUGUUUGGAUACAUUGACGCAAGCUCAAGACGAAAACUUAUCGAUAGUUGAAGAAAACGAAUGUAAUCAAUCAAUACAUGGCAAGGUUUACAGUCGCGAAGACUACGUCACUGUUAGCAGGUUCGAAAGCCACGGAGGAGGAUGGGGUUAUUCCGCUCAUUCGAUCGAAGCGAUUAGAUUUAUGCCUGAUACAGACAUUAUAUUGGGAGGCUACGGUUUAUUUGGCGGUCGAGGAGAGUAUACUGCGAAGAUCAAGCUGUUUGAUAUCGGAAUUGACGGUGGAGACCAAGAGAACGAUGGCGAACUUCUUGCAGAGACAGAAGAGAUUCCAUAUGAAUGCGGCCCAAGACAAAAAUAUUCGAUAUUGUUUGACGAACCUAUAUCCUUGCAAGCAAACAGGUGGUACGUGGCAUGGGCUAAAGUCGGUGGACCUUCCAGCGAUUGCGGUUCCGGUGGACAGGGAAUGGUCACGGCGGAAGAUCAGGUCAUGUUUUAUUUCAAGUCUUCUAAAAGAUCGAACAAUGGCACCGAUGUUAACGCCGGGCAGAUUCCACAGUUACUGUACCGCGUUGUUACACCUGAAAAUCAGACAUCGAACAGGCAGAGAGAUCAAAUUGAACCUGUCUAUGUCCUGAAGAGAGAAUUCAGUAGGACUGUCACAAAAGAGUGCUUUCAGUCCUUGAUAUCUCUUCUUCAAUGGAGCUGGAACACAUUGAAGGCGACAUUGGCCGAUGUGGCCGUUCAUAUCGCGUCAUCGACUCACGCAAUGCUCGAAAUGGAACGAUUGGUGUACAUAAGCAAAGCCAGUUUAAGACUGCUUAGAACAUAUGCCAAUGAAAUCUAUCCCAAUCAUGUCGUUAAGAAGACCCCUCCCGAGUCAGUGCGUUUGGCGGAAUGUAUAGGCGAGGUACGGGCAUUAUUGCGUCAAAUUUUAUCCGAUUCUCUACCAAUUGCUCUGAAAAGUAAAGGAAAGACGCGAUCUAACAAAAGUUCUAGUAAUACUUUAGGAAAUAAGAUGACAAACAGCAUACUGGACGAAUGUCACAAAACGUUUGUAGCUUGUUAUCACGCGUUUUACCCUACCGCGUAUCUUAAAUGGACCUCCUUGUGCGAGUUAUUAUCGGAUAUCGAUAAAGAACAAGGCACAACCACAAAAGAUCGUCUCCUUUCGGCCGUGCUGGCUUCUUUGUGCAACUCGGCGAUACGACUUAGAUGUACGUUUCCAAUCUUGAGCAACAUCAUGGACAACAGCGACAGCGUGAAGCGGCAGCUCAGCCCGUCUGACAAUGCCGGUUUACUCAUGAUGAAUUCGACGGAAAGUCAUCAGUAUCCGAUUUUGGUCGAGCAAAUCAGUUACAAAUCCCAAGUGGAAAGCUCCGGAAAGGAGAUCUUGAAUUGGUCGUUCCGCGAAGUACUCGAUAGAUUGCUGGACUUGAUAUUGAUACCAGUCAAAAGAAGCCUUUGUAGAGAAAAGAUUCAAUCUCUGCCAGAAUUGAUUCUUCAUUGCUGUUAUUUAUUAGCGCGGGUAAUCGCCGAAUUGGCGGCACAAUCGAGCGGAAAUGAGGAUGAACUGCAAGCAGCUUGCGGCAGACUCAUGUAUACGACUCCUUCAAGAUUUACAAGGACAAAUCAGUCAAGAUCAUGGAAUACGGGUAACGGUUCUCCGGAUGCUAUUUGCUUUUCCGCCGAUAGACCGGGCAUCCUUAUAGCUGGUGUUGGUAUCUAUGGAGGUGCGGGAGUAUAUGAUUACGAAUUGGAAUUAUUAGAUGAUCAAAAUAAUACUGGUAACGAUCCAUCGCAUACUCAACGUUGGAGUAGUUUAGAUUUUACAAGAGGAUCCUUCGGGCCGGAUGACUGUAUUAAUGACAUAGUAGAAUUGAAAUUUGACAAACCAGUGCUCAUAAAAGAGAAUAUUAAGUAUGCUAUUAGACUACGGAAUCGCGGAGGACGAACUAGUAACGGUGACGGUGGCCUAAGCGUUGUCAAAGGAGCCGAUGGCACAACGUUUACCUUUACGGCUUGUUCUCUAAGUUUUAAUGGCACAACACAAACACGAGGUCAAAUACCACACAUUUUAUACUAUUCAAAUCCGCAAGAUUCCGACGGACAACACACGAAUAAAGCCAUGGCGGAAGUGCAAGCGAGAAAAUGUACUCUCGCCAUGACAGCGACGAUCAUUCAACGAUCGAAUGAAAUUUUUUCUCUGGCAAGGGAAAGAGCAGAAGAAGUAAUAGCUAAUGAAGUUCUUGGUAACGCGGCUUUUAUAACGACUCUCUUACCUCUAGUAAUGGCACACAUUAGUCCUUUAGCUACAUCAGACCCUAGAAGCAGCGUACAAAUCCUUACUCUAAUACAAGAGAUGUUGCCACACAUUGCAGCUUUAAACUUACUGUCCACGAUGGGAGCUUCUCAAAUAUCUCAAGAUAGCGAAACUCAAUCACACUUUGCUCCUCCAAUUACUACCAGCCAUCAUUAUACUUGGCUAGAAAGCGAACAUCCUUAUAAACCAGCGACAGUAUCGUAUUAUAAAGUUUCUUUUCCGGAAACAGUGAAGUGGCUAACCGUUGAAUUUACUCCAGAAUGUGGAACUUCACAACCAGAAGAUUAUCUCCAACUUUAUAUACCAAAUAUAAUUCCCAACUCCUCUACAGGAACAAUUCCAAAUAUUACGGGCGAAGAUGCUCCUCUAUAUUGGCCAGUAUUACAUAAGUUGAGUAAUGUUCAAAGUCAAUGGCCGCAAAAUGCUGUUGUGUUACCAGGGAAUGAAGUGAUAUUUUCUCUGGAAACUGCAUCUGAUUAUAUGAAGAAUGAGAGCUCAAUCACAUAUGGCUUCAAAUGUUUAGUUAUUGGUUACGAUUGGAUAACGUCCGGCUAUGGUUUAAAGAAUUUGGAAAUUGAAUUGUCUUUCCUCGGAGGAGCAUGCGCUGCAAGUCUUAUGAAGAAGAAUUUAUCAUUGCCUCCAGUAUCCUCGGAAGAGGUUGAAGAGGACUUGGAGUCGAUGCAGGAAACGGCAAAGAGGAUUUUCUCCGUACAUUCGGCAUUACUUGGACGAGGAUUCGCACUCGCAUCGCCACCUACGGUUUCGCAGGCUCUCGACGGCGUGCUUCCAUACAGUUGUCACUCGAACGAACGUCUAUUCCUGCGCGAUUUUGUCUCCUGCUCGGCCGGCACCAGCGGCGGCAGACUCGCGCGAUGGCUGCAACCGGACAGCUUCGUGGAUCCCACUCAAUGCGAGGCGUUAUAUUCACGAGAAGAAAUGAGAUGCGGAUGGCCAGCCAUCGUCACCGUACUCACGAGAGAUCAAUACGGCGAAGUGGUGCACGUGCCCGGAUUGAAGAUCGAAGUCAAAGCGGUGCCGAUCGACAAGACGGAUAUCACGGACUCCGACCAGAGUAGAAAGAUCCGUCGUGUCUCCCAACCGGAUCCCAUGACAUUUGGCGGUCACCCGCAACCAUCCUUGGACGUUCCGUACGAGGUGACCAUCAACAACAAAAUGUGCUUCUACGCCAUUACCAUCAUGAAGGCCUAUCAGAAUUACUCGUUCGAGGAACUGAGAUUCAUGUCACCCGCCGUGAAGAGGUCGAGCGAGAGUAUGCUGGUCAGGCCUAACGGCGAUGGAAGUUACAGCGCUACGUGGACCCCAUCCUCCGUCGGAUGGUACUCGCUGAUGAUUACGGUGGAUGGUUACAACAUGGAGGAUAAUUACAAAGUCGAGGUGAAGGAACCUCCGCAAGGCAUGCAACCACCCACUCAGAACAUUGUUAAAAAGCCUCAGCUUCAGCCGAGCAGACUCAGAAAAUUCGUGGCGAAGAACAGCGCCGGCUUGAGAAUACGAGCCCAUCCGUCGCUGCAAAGCGAACAGAUCGGAUUCGUCUCGGUUAACGGCACUAUAGCUUUCGUUGAUGAGAUUCAUAAUGACGAUGGUGUCUGGUUGCGAUUAAACGCAGAGACGAUCAAGGAAUACUGUAAUAGUAGUCAUCUUGAGGCCUGGUGCUUACAAUACAAUCAACAUUUAGGAAAAACUCUGCUUCUCCCUGUGGAGGAACCAAAAUCCAUUUUGGAUCAAGUCAUCAAGGAGACUAUUUUGCGGAAACGUCCUGACACUAGCGAUGAUAAGAGAAAAACGGUGACUUUCGACGCCGGAAGAAGUAUGAUAGUCGUGAAAUGUGGGGCUUCCGGACACAACAUUAGAAGCAAACCGAGCUUGAAAGGCGCGCCGAUCGGAAUGUUAGCGCUUGGAAAUACCGUGACAGUUCAAGAAUAUUGCGUAAAUCACGAAGGAACUUGGGUGCGCAUCGAUGAUGAUUCAGUGGCGAAAUAUUGCUUCGAUAAGGGUCGAGGCGUAGAGGCAUGGUCGCUUGCGAUUAAUAAACAGACCAGCGUAAUUUAUAUGAAACUCGAGCAGGAGUUAGAAAACGAUCCGAUUGAGAAGAAGCCGAUGAUACCGGACCCGGCCCUAUCACCAAGUAAUAAAGGUUUCGAUUUUUCCGUACCUUCCGUUAGUCAUGAAGGCUUCAACUUUACCACGCAAAAUUACACACCAGAUACGGCGGAAUCUAUUGAUGGUUGCAACACAAACCCAUUUGUUUUUGGCUCGUACAAUCAACAUGACUCCCCAGGGAGCGAACGCUUCACACCAGAAAAAGCUGAUGGCACGCCAAAGUUCCCGAAACCUCACUCCAAGGAAAGAGUAGCGAAGGAACGGGAAAGAGAAGGUGGCGGAGGAAAAUUUAGCGCUCUUCAAAAAUGGCUGAGAGGGGAUGACAAAUGUCAUAGAGAGAAAAGAAGUUCUCCGGGCAGAGAUUUUUCUGAAUUCAUGGGCGUAUCUGUGAAGGAGUUGGUAAAAGCGAUGGGAGAGAGCCGCGCAAAUGGCAAUGGAGCGACACCGCCAGAAACUCCGCGGCGAAUGUCAAGAAGUUCUUCGCCAAAGAAUCCCCAAGGUGGGUCACCAAGAUUUCACAGCCCUUCUUCCAGUCCAGUCCCAAUACCCGAAGCUGUGAGAACGGAUGCUGAUACUUCUGGGUCCAGUCGACAGCCAGCUGUUUCUGGCAAUUGCCUCUUCCCUCCUGCUGUUAACGCACCAGGUGGGAGAAGCGCGAUAGGAGGGGGAGAGAGUAUGAGUAGCAGCCCUGUACUCUGCGGCUCCCCCCGAAGUGUCGGCCUCUCCCCGUUAGUGUCAGGAGGGAUGGUUGACAGCAUAACGUCGCAACGUCGCGGCUCAACGCAAAGCGAUACAAGUGCCUUGGUUAGCAGCCUGACGAGAGAUCCAUCACAGUCACCGAGCGGUAUUAGCACUACUGCCAAUACACGUGAUCUAUCACCGAGUCCAAGUUGCAGUUCUUUACAUAUGAGAUCUGAGGGCAGCAUAGCUAGUCCGCCCGACACUCCCAAGAAGGAAUGUGCUGAUUCGCAAGAAAGUCCGCGCAAGGUAUCUCAAGCGCAAACGCAGACAAGCCCCGAGAGCGCUACGACGGCUAUGAAGGGUCAUUUCAACAUCGGUUCAUCCGGAGUAAAGGACGAGCGACAUUCGCCGAAAAUGAACAGGAGAGAUCACAUGAAAGCCGUGAAAACGAGAGCAAAACGUGCCAUGUCACCCGCCAACGCUCAACAGAGUCCUAGUCCUAAUCGUACUCUAAAUUUAUGUAAAGACAAGGUGAAAGAAGCGAUCAGUCCUUCCGUGGCGGAGUGCCUGAGAGCUGUUUUCGCUGCGUUUUUGUGGCACGAGGGAAUUGUACACGAUGCCAUGGCUUGCGCUAGUUUCCUUAAGUUUCAUCCUAGUUUACCGAAACAGGGUGCACUGGUCGUAACCAGGCAAACCAUGGUGCAAUCCAGCGAUAAACAGCAACAGGAGCAAAAAGCACGUCAGAGACACUCCGUCGAGGUGACGAACGCCGGGAAUUAUUUGCACAUUCAGCCCAGCACGUUGGAGACUCUCACGCGUUCAGCCGCAAAUGCUAAUGCCAAUAGGAGUAGGAAAAAGCAGGAGAUUACGAUCAAAGAAGAAAUUCAGGCGAGUACGGGCAAGCUUAGUUCCCUGCCUGAAUUUCAUACGGUCGCAGUACUACCACCCGCGUUAAAGAGCCUAGUUUUUCUAUGGGAAGAACUCAGUACCAAUUGCCUGCAAGCCAUCGAACAACAAUCAAUUCUGCCCAGUCCCAUAUCGCAGAUACAAACGAUAAAGCUGGCGAAACGACCGAUCCCGGAGAAACGUCCUAGAGAGGAGAAAGUGAAAGAACGUGAGAAGAAAGGCAGCCGGAAGAAGAAGGAAUGGAAGCCUAUCGGCAGAGCAAACGCGUCUGAGGUUUUAGCGGGAAUUGAACGCGAGACUAUCUGUGAACUUUGUGGCUUGAUGUUCCCACAUCCAGUCACUUAUCAUAUGAAGAUGAUGCAUCCAGGCUGCGGCUGGCACGCAGGCGGAAAAGGAUACAACAGUGGCGGAAAUUAUUGCGUGGGGUGGGCAGGCAAUUGCGGCGAUGGCGGGGUCGGUGGUAGCUCGUGGUAUCUAAUCUGUGACACGUGUAGAGAUAAAUAUCUGAAAGCUAGAAAGAGUAAGUUUGCGAAGAAAUUUGUCAGCGGGAUUUCCAAAAGAAAGAACGGCACGAGCAAAGUCUUAUCUCCGAUUAAUAGUCCCGGCGGAAACGAAACUCACAUAAUUAUGAAGAACAAUGCGAUGUUUCUGUUGGAUCUGGCUAGCGCUUCUGGCUUUAAUAUCCCUAAACAACAGAGACGACCGUCACAGACUUUAUCGUCCGUAGCUGAAAAUUAUAGUCCUCCCGAGGCAACAGGACCAUUUCCGCCAACUGGACCAUUUCAAUGUUUGCAAGCCUUAGGUGUUCAUCACUCGCAGAGUCACGACGAAAGGUAUUACGAAGAAACUCUGAGACGUGAAAAUGGACAACAAAAUAAUUAUGAAGGAAACAGCGGCACGUUUAACAAUACAAACGGCAGGCCAUUAUCAGAAUACCCAACGAGUGAUAGUGAUAAUGAAAGCGGCAAAAAUCGUAGCACGUUUCAUAGAUCGGUAUCUAUGUCUACCGGUGCACCUUGGGCCAGAAAUAGUAACGAUGGUAGAGUCGUUAUGAUGAGGAAACGAAAUAACAGCAGUAGCGAAAUGAAUAACGAGGCGGGUUCUUCGCUUCUAUGUUAUCCAUCCGCUGCACUGCAGAAACUAGUGCCAUCAAUGGAUCAAUCUGCUAUAGUAUCCACUAGUCAAACCGAAGUAGCGAGUAACGAUCGGAUAGAGAUUCUCAUGAGACCUGUAAUGUUGUUCGUUCUUCAACAGCACAACUUGCAACAUCUGCAGCUUGCGAUGAAGCAAGCGUUGCGCCGUGCCGCCUGUCGAGUUUACGCGAUGCAGGCGUUAAAUUGGCUUUUGAGAAGCGUGACGCAACCAAUUUGUUUGCACGACUUACUUUGGUGGUUCGUCUCGUCUCUUACACCGGUUGUUCCUUCUGACAGUACAGAUGCGAACGAUGAUGAUAACCGAACGGAGAAGAAGGAAGAUCACGAUAUGAUUGGUGUCAGCGAGCAUCCUCUAAGUGAUUUAGUAAUAGCCGGAGAGUCCGUACAUCCGCUACCUAUUGUGUUUCAUACUUUACUGCAAACAAUUGCGGAUUUAAUGCUAUUACCACCACUUGGAUCUCCGUUACAACAAGCUGCGAUUCGAUGUUGGGGUAUUCGAUUUACGCCAGCAGAUCAUAUGUUUCUACAUAGAAGUCACGUAUUUAGCAACAUCAGUAAAAUUCUCUCACGAUCCGAAGAAGAAGAAGAUGUUACGAUGAGUAUGCACGAGAGCCAUCAGUCGACAGUUUCACAACAGAUAAGCAGCUGGGUAGAAGCUUUGAAAGACUUAACGUCCAGCGUUGAGAUCAAAGCCUCUAGUAGACAAGCCAUGAUUGGUAGCCUAACAGACAAUUCAACAGAAACAUUUUGGGAAUCUGGAGACGAAGAUCGUAAUAAAACUAAAGUGAUUACAAUUCUCUGUGGCGCUCACUCUUUACCCAGAAUGUUGUAUGUACACAUCGAUAAUUGCCGCGAUUUAACCCAUAAAGUAUCCAGCGUAACUUUCCUGUCUGGUGUCAACCCCGACGAGAUGAUAAAAUUAAGAUCUGUAGAGAUCGAAAGUAGAUCAGCUGGUUGGAUUAAUUGCCCCAUCACUGAUCAACGCCAUAUAGUUGUGGGUAUGGAACUAAAGGGCCCAGAUAACUCUCUGAGAGUUCGUCAAAUCAGAAUGCUGGGCGAGAUUGAAGGAGGAUCUCUGAAAGUAGGAAAACAGCUAAGCGCACAGACUAUUCAACAAAGAAAUUGCGAGGCAGAAACUUUGAAGGUGUUUCGACUAAUCACAUCUCAGGUGUUUGGUAAACUUAUACAAGGAGAAAAGCAACAACAGAUGGAACCGACGGAAGGUGCUAAUGAGGAUUUGGAGGACAGUAACGAUCUGCGGGAGCAUAUGGUUGGAAUAUUGUUCAGCAGAAGCAAUUUAACACAUUUGCAGAAACAAGUGUGUACUCAUAUCGUGCAAGCGAUUAGAAAGGAGACUAUACGCUUGAGAGAAGAAUGGGAGACACUUUUGUGUUCGCCGACGCCCGCUAAUAGCGUGUUGAGCGACAAUAGUGAUCUUCCAAAAGCGGCCGAUACUUAUUGCUUCGAAAUGCUUUCUAUGGUUCUUGCUCUAAGCGGUAGUUCUGUAGGACAAUAUUACUUAUCGCAUCAGACUGGGUUAUUAAAAGAUUUACUGAGCUUAUUGCACACCGGAUCGGCAAGGGUGCAACGUCAAGUAACAUCUCUCUUACGACGAAUAUUGCCCGAAAUUAAACCUGAAACACUAGCGAACGUUAUAAACGUCGAACGACUGCCGCCUACUGAUUUCAGCAUCGUAUCCGCAGCGAAUAGCGGUUUUACUCAUGCUUCGGAAUUCGACGAACAUUCCGCCGGGAUUCUCGAUGUAUUUUUAAGCUGUAUUGCGAAAGCAUUAACUGUGCAAGUCAAAGUAAAAGGAAAGGAAAACAACGGAAAAGCGCUUCAAACUGUUUCGUUAGCUACCAGCAUUCAUCCGAAAAGUUAUGUUGGAACGAGAUGGUGGUUACGGGGCUGCAUGACGCGUAAGCUGGCCGAAGUGAUAAUUCAACUUUUGAAGGACAUGGCAUCGGGUAAGUUAUCGGACGAAUGGGCAUCUGUAACGAAAGCGGCUAUAGCGGAAAAUAUCCUAAACUUAACUAGACUGGACGAGAAAAGUCGCGAUCCUACUGAAUGCCUUCGAUCUCCGACGUUAUGGUUAGCACUCGCUUCUCUGUGCGUUUUGAAUUCGGAACACGUAGAAAGAUUGUCGUCUGGUCAAUGGAGCGGUUCUGAAGGACAGCCACUGCCACCUCGGCCAACAUGUAGUAAUCACGAUGAUGACGAAACCACGGCCAUUAUUCAAUGUAACGUCUGCGGUAAUUUGUGCGCGGAAUGCGAUAGAAUUCUACACCUUCACAGAAGAACGAGAACGCAUCUCAGACAAGUGUGUAAGGAGGAAGAAGAAGCGAUACGGGUGGAUCUCCACGAAGGUUGUGGACGAACGAAGCUCUUCUGGAUCUUGGCUUUGGCAGAUAGCAGGACGCUGAAGGCACUGAUAGAAUUUCGCGACGGCGCGCCCAGGAAGCCGGUUGGCGCCACUACUGGUAUUUGUCGAUUUUGCGGUACCACGGGAAACACGGGGUUACUAGCAAUAGGCAACAUUUGCGCCGAUCACGAUUGCCAGGAACACGCGAAAAACGCGUGUAACAUGGUCCACCCUUGCGGUCACAUUUGUGGGGGUGUUAGAAAUGAGAGAACUUGCCUGCCUUGUCUCCAUCGUUGCUUACCAGGGACCGAUUUGAAACAGGACGCCGAUGACAUGUGCAUGAUUUGCUUCACCGAGGCCCUGUCUUGCGCACCGGCGAUUCAGUUGCAGUGCGGCCACGUGUUCCAUCUGCAUUGUUGCCGACACGUCCUGAUGAAGCGUUGGGUGGGACCACGAAUCACAUUCGGCUUCUCUCUGUGUCCAAUCUGCAAAAUACCGAUGGAUCAUCCGACAUUGUCCGAACAAUUGGCAACUGUGAAGGAGCUCUACGAAGACGUACGAAGGAAGGCGUUAAUGCGCUUGGAAUACGAAGGCUUGCACAAGGCCGAAGGAGCUUUCGCACCUGGCGGUCGUUAUCAAGACCCCGCUGCUUACGCGAUGGAACGGUAUGCGUAUUACGUGUGCUACAAGUGUCAGAAGGCUUACUACGGUGGCGAGGCACGCUGCGACGCACAGUUAGGUGGAGAAUCGUUCGACCCUGCCGAACUAGUAUGCGGCGGUUGUAGCGACGUGGCAAGGGCACAGAUGUGCCCGAAACACGGGGCAGACUUCCUCGAGUAUAAAUGCCGAUAUUGCUGUUCAGUGGCGGUAUUCUUCUGCUUCGGAACCACGCACUUCUGCAAGCCCUGCCACGAUGACUUUCAGCGUGUUACCACUAUUCCGAAGAGUGAGCUGCCUAUGUGUCCCGCUGGUCCCAAGGCUAAGCAACUGGAAGGGGACGAAUGUCCACUGCAUGUGAAACAUCCACCGACUGGAGAAGAGUUCGCUCUAGGUUGCGGCAUUUGCCGCAACGCGCACACGUUCUAAGCUUCCAGUGCUGUUUUGUGAUUUUUCAUAAAAUUUGGAAUUGACGCAAAUUACAGUAGGAUAUUAGAAUGAAACGCAUCCCUUUAAUACGGUGAUAAGUCUACGACGCGAGAGGAUAUACCUGUUAAGUAAUGAAUAAGCCGUUUCUAUCUCCGUAAAUUUAGUAAUUUAGCUAUUGACGGUAGACAGAAAUACGUGUAAGCUUGUGUAUCAAACUUUCUUAUGCGAAUCAAGAAGCGAGUUUGGAUUGUACGUCACAUGCACGAUAUAAUAGAGAUAUCCAUAUACAAUUAUGACUCUUAAGUAUUUUACUUCGUAAAAUAAUGUUCUCUGUACUAUUUAUAAGAAAUGAUUGAAUAUUUAGUACCGAUAAAUGAUACUCGGAUGAGAAUUAUUGUAUGUAAAGGAAAUGUAUAUUUAAGAACUUAUGCUACUCUAAAUAUCAUUUAAAUAAUAGAAACGGGUGAUGAGAUGAUAGAUAAAAUCAGGUUACAUAAUUUAUAUAUACAUAUAUAUAUUAUUAACAUAUAAUUGUAUACAUUAUAUA